AUGGCUGUGUGGAUCAACACCAGAUCCAGCGCUCUAGCUGGCUGGGUCCCAACUAGUGAUGUGUUCGCGUUCGCGAUCAUCCUAUAUCACUUCACUUUGUCCACGGGGAAGGAACGUGAUGCCAGCACCACAGCCAGGGUCUAUGUCAUCACUAUUGGCCCAAAUGAGACAGAGACAGAUUGACUGUGGCUCGACCUGCCAAAGGGAAGGAAAUGCUUCAUGGCUGGCACCAUGGAGCACUUUGUGUCUUAUGGAACUGACAUUGAAGAGGUCAAGAGGGUGGAACUGGGUCAUAACGGUGUCACACCAGAGAGCUGCUGGUUGGUGGAAGAGCUGUCGGUUGCCGUGCCAACUAAAGGUAUCACGUACAUCUUUCCAUGUAGGUGUUGGCUGGCUAAAGACAGAGGAGAUGGUCUGACUGCCAGCUUUAACGUGCUGGACGCUAGCACUAUCAACAUUAUCCGCAAAGUCAUAUAUUCAGUCACAGUUGUCACAGGUGACAUCCAGUGUGCAGGGACUGAUACCAACAUAUUCCUCACUGUGUAUGGAGCCAAUGGGAGCACAGAGGAAAUGCUGCUGCCUAAAAAUCGAGACAGGUUUGAACGAGACCAAGAAGACAUUUUCAACCUUGAAAUUGACGACAUUGCUCCUCUGAAAAAGAUCAGAGUUCGAAUUGAUGGCACUGGAAGUCGUCCUAAUUGGUUUCUUGACAGAAUUGUGAUGCAAUACCUGACCACAGAGGAAGUUUAUGAGUUCACCUACGAGAACUGGCUGUCAAAGACCAAAGGGCCAAAGAGGACAAAGGUGUGUGAGCUGGGAGCAGCGGUGGAUGAAGAGGAGAUGGUGGAGAAGACCACCUACAUCGUCCAAGUCCAAACCAGUGAUGUCGGAGGGGCUGGCACUGAUGCCAACGUGUUUCUGAUCUUGUUUGGGGAGUAUGGAGACAGUGGAAUGCUGCCUCUGAAGAUGAGCACCAACCGAAACAAAUUUGAGCGAAAAAUGAAGGAUGUGUUCAGGUUUGGGGACAUGCUCAGUCUGGGUGAACUGUCCAAGGUGCGGGUGUGGCAUGACAACAAAGGUCCUGCUGCUGGUUGGCACCUGGACUACAUCGAUGUGAAAGAUGAGGCCAUGGACCAGACCUUUAGGUUCCCCUGUGAUCGCUGGUUGGCUAAGAAUGAUGACGAUGGUGAAACGAUGAGAGAGCUGGCCUGUGCCAACAACGACUCCAUAGACCUCAGUGAUAAAACCAAAUAUGAAAUUGCCACAACAACUGCAAACACAGACAAGGCCUCCACCACGGAAAACGUCUGGUUGGUUUUGGAAGGAAGAAAAACUCGUUCCAAAGAGUUUGUCCUGGAGAAUAAGAAAAAGAAGUUCCAAUGCGGUGCCGUUGACUCAUUUGAGUUCUCCUCCAAGCACCUGGGGGAUAUCGCUGGAAUCACCAUUGGUCAUAUAACCAAAGAUGGCAAGAAGCCCAAGAAGGAAGUGUUCUGGCAUGUGAUGGAGGUGGUGGUGACUGAGAAAGAGCUGGGAAACAAAUAUUACUUCCAGUGUGAUGCACAAAUCCCUCUGGCAGCCAAAAAGGACCAGUUCCUGACCUUUGAAUGCUGCAGGUCCGUUGAGAGUUUUGCGAGCAAAGUCCGCAACCUUGUUCCCGUCAAGUAUGAAAUCAUUGUCAUCACGGGGGACAUAAAAGGAGCAGGCACAGACGCCAACGUCUUCAUUACCCUCUAUGGAGUCAACGGGGACUCGGGCCAGCGUGCUCUGAAGCAGAAGUUCCGUAACCUUUUUGAGCGAGGAAAAACAAACCGCUUUAUUUUAGAGAUGCUGGAUCUCGGCGAGCUGCUGAGGGUGAAGAUGGAACACGACUGCAGCCACCCCAACAGUGGAUGGUACUUAGAGUGUGUGGAGGUGACCAACACCGCCAACUCUGUCACCACCAUCUUUCACUGUGGGAAAUGGCUGGGCACUGACAAGGCCGACGGACAGAUUCAGAGAGUCCUUUACCCCAAAUAUUAGGAGGAGGGGGAGUUUUUGAGACAUUUUCAUUAUUUGUAAUUUUAUACGGAUUUGUAUUUUUUAAUUGUAACGGUGUGCCAAUUGUUUAGGUCUAGGGUCUGUGUCAGGUUUAUUCUAAAAUAUAUGACGACAAAGUAACAACACAAAAGACGUCUUGAUUUUUUACUUGAAAGGGGAGAGUGCAGCUUACUCUUCUGGCAGCUUCCUCAUCAACACUGAGUAGCCACACCGUUCCUCUGCAAUUUUAUUGAGUUUAUAAAAGUAUCAGAAUACAUAUCAUGUGAUCGUGUGUGAGUGUAUGAAUGGGUAUGGAGUAAGAAGGUGGGUGUGAAUGG